AUGGAGAGCAAGAGAAGUUCGAUUCUCUCAAAAGCCUCCUCUGCCGGGGGAGGAGUGAAGCUCCAAAGAAAUUUGACAGUUUGGGGAGGAAUUGCUCUUGUUGUUGGGACGAUGAUUGGAUCUGGUAUUUUUGUGUCGCCGACGGGGAUUUUGAAGGAAAGUGGCUCUGUCGGAUCCAGUUUGGUGAUUUGGGUUAUCACAGGGGCAAUUUCGACACUUUGUGCCCUUUGCUACAUUGAACUUGGACUCUUAGUGGACGCUACUGGCGCCGAGUACAGUUACUGUAACGACGCUUACGGAAGUCUUAUCGGCUUUCUUGUUGGCUGGACCUUGAUCAUCAUGGCAAAACCAGCCGGUUUGGCUGUUAUGGUGACUGCUUUUGCUGACUACACUUCCGCCCCAUUCUAUCCUGGCUGCGACGCUCCCGAAAUGCUGAAAAAGUUUCUUUCCAUUUGUGCAAUUUUGUUCAUCAUGAUCGUCAACGGCUUGUCCGUCAAAGCCUCCGAGCGAAUGCAGAUUCUUUUCACCGUCGUCAAGCUCAUUUUAAUCACCGCCAUCAUCAUCGGCGGCUUUGUGGAAAUCGCGAAAGGAAACACGGAAAACUUUGAGAAUGCGUUUGAAGGAACAAGUCCUUCUUUGAGUGCCUGGGCAGUGGCAAUUUACAAUGGAAUGUGGUCGUAUGACGGUUGGAACCAGCUGAACUUUGUGUCGCAAGAAUUGAUCAAUCCUGAAAGAAACUUUCCUCUCGUCAUCAUUGGUGGCAUUCCUCUAGUUACGCUGCUCUAUCUUCUCGUCAAUGUCGCUUACUUCACCGUCAUGUCUCCUACUGAGCUUCUCCAAAGCCCAGCAGUUGCUACUACAUUCGGUGCAAAAGUUUUUGGCUCUUUCGCCUGGAUAGUCCCAGUUGGAGUAGCUUGCUCAACUUUUGGCUCCUCCAAUGGCGAAGCUUUCACGUCUGCAAGACUUGUUUACGCAGCCGGAGGAAAUGGGCACUUCCCAAGAUUUCUUGCUUAUCUCAGCAACGAGCGAUUGACUCCCCUGAUGGCAGUGGUUUUCAACGCUGUGAUCGGAAUUCUUAUGGUCUUGCCGGAAUCGUCGAACAUUGAGAAUCUUCUUGACUACUUUAGUUUCGCCAUGUGGACAAUUUACGCCCUGACAUUUAUUUCUAUCAUUAUUUUCCGCUACAGAAAGCCAUAUUGUGAUGUUGAAAGAAAAUUCAAGAUUUGGCUUCCGCUUCCUGUCCUUGCUGCCGGAAUCUCGCUGUAUUUGGUCAUUGCGCCUCUUGUUGAAGAACCAUCCUUGGCAUAUCUUCUUGCUACUCUCAUCAUUUUUGGUGGACUGAUAUUCUACAUUCCCUUUGUCUAUCUCGACUGGGACCUUCCCUUUGGAAUUUACAACAAAGUCGAGAUUUUCUGCCAAAAAUACUUUGAAAUUUGCGCUCAUCAUGGAAGCGAGAUCAUCAUUCGCAUAUCUUUAAAAAACCGAACAGUCAAAAAAUACGUUGUUCCUGAUCGAAAACUCAAUGAAUGUUCUGACUUUGUAUGUGGUUUCGGAGUUGCUAGAGAUCAGCUUUAUUUCCUCGUAACAGCACCUUCAUUUAUACAAGUCCAGCAUUCAGGAAACGAAGAUCAAUUCCAUUAUCGUUAUUUUGGAGUUCUCUCUGAAAACAAGGAUGAAAACAAUUUUCUUGCCAACACCAUCUGUUUUAUAAGAGAAGAUGUUUUCCUCAGUGGAAACGAGCUUAAAAUACCGGCUAAAUGCGACUACUUCCAUUUCAACGACUUGACUGACGAAGAAGAAGAAGAUCUUUUUCUAUUUCGAUGCUAUAAUGGAGGGACGGAAGAUAAACUAGCUCUGUUGUAUGGACUUCCUUUCGAGAAAUUUCUUGAAGAGUUGGACGAAGAUGUAUUUCAGAAAGAUCUAAUUGAAUAUAAAUAUGGCGAUGUAACCAAGCAAGCAAUUUGCGUCGAUCUUCUCUGUCAUCCGUCAAUAAAAGGCGAGGAUGGGGAACUGCUCAACCUCAUUGAAGCGAGAAGGGAAGAAGUUGAGUUUUACCGAGAUUAUUAUAAAGAAAUAGCCAAUGGUGAUUAA